AUGGCCAGCGAAAAGUCGGAUUCCAAGCAGGAGGCCCAGAUCAAGUCGGCGGACAUGAGCGAUGAGAUGCAGGCCGAAGCCAUCGAAGUCGCGCAACAAGCCAUGGAGCAGUUCACCAUUGAAAAGGACAUUGCCCAGUACAUCAAGAAGGAGUUUGACAGCCGCAAGGGCGCCACAUGGCACUGCAUAGUCGGCAGGAACUUUGGCAGCUUCGUCACUCACGAGACCAAGCACUUCAUCUACUUCUAUCUUGGUCACUGCGCUAUCCUGCUCUUCAAGACACAGUAG